ACUGAAGGUAGAGGUUCCGCUCAAGGUGAAAUCGGAUUAGCAGCAAUUGAUUUAAAAAGACCAGUAUUGAUCUUAUGCCAAAUUAGUGAUACUCAAACGUAUAUGAAUACAAUAAAUAAAAUAAAUAUUCUAAAUCCCGCUGAGGUAUAUAUUUUUUAAAAGUUGUAACUAGUUGAUUAAAUAAGUAGGUACAUGGUAUUUUUUGUGUUUACGUUUUUGAAAGAUUUUAGUCCCAAAUACAUUUAUGGAUCAGAUACAAGGUACAUUGUUGUACAAUACCAUUAAAAAUCAGUUUCCAUUAAGCGCUAUACUUACUGCUUCUCGAAAACAUUUUUCUGAAAAUGAAGGUAAAAUAUACCUAAGAAAUAGUAUUAUACCAGAAUGUACUUCUACAUUAGAACAGGUGUUACCAAAAUUCUAUGCGGUUUCGGCUGCGGCAGCAUUAUUAAAACAUAUUGAGUUUAACCAUAAUGUGAUUUUUUCUUCGAAUACAUUACAAAUUGAGUAUGAAGGAGUUGAAAAAUCAAUGUUUGUUGAUGCAAAUACGGCGUCAAGAUUAGAAUUAGUAUUAAAUAGUUCAUUAAAUACGAAAAAUACAUUGUUUGAUGUCUUAAACCAGUGCUCUACUAUUGGAGGUCAAAGAAGACUUCGAUCUUCUAUACUGCAACCCUCUAGCGAUAUUUUGUUAAUACAUAAUCGCCAAGAAGCUGUAGAAGAAAUUUUAAGUAGCCCAGAACAAAAUUUUGUUUUACUUCGAAAUAUAAUCCAAAAGUUCACUGAUGUCGAACAGUUAUAUUGGUUGUGCACAAAAGUUUCUAAAAAUACUCAACAGCAAUCUAAAUUACAAGGAAACUAUACAUUGUUAUUAAAAACUACAUUAGAAGCAUUGCCAGCCCUUGUGGAUAUUUUAGAACCAUUCAAAUCUGAAUACAUUUCCUCUAUACGGAAGAAAUAA